AUGACCGUCACUUACACGAGCAAGGUGGCGAAUGCCCACUUGGGCUCCUUCUCCAGGCUGCUGCUGUGCUGGAGGGGCAGCAUCUACAAGCUGCUCUACGGCGAGUUCAUCAUCUUCCUGCUCUGCUACUACUCCAUCCGCCUCAUCUACAGGCUUGCUCUCUCCAGUGAACAGCAGCUGAUAUUUGAGAAGCUGGUUUUGUACUGUGACAGCUCCAUCCAACUCAUUCCCAUUUCUUUCGUGUUGGGCUUCUACGUGACGCUGGUGGUGACUCGCUGGUGGAACCAGUACGAGAGCAUGCCGUGGCCUGACCGCCUCAUGAACCUGGUGUCCAGCGUGGUGGAGGGCAAGGACGAGCACGGGCGGAUGCUGCGGCGCACACUCAUCCGCUACGCCAACCUGGCCAGCGUGCUCAUCCUGCGCAGCGUCAGCGCCGCGGUCUACAAGCGCUUCCCCAGCACCCAGCACCUGGUUAAAGCAGGCUUUAUGACCGCCGCGGAACACAAGCUCUUGGAAAGCCUCGAGGGGCCUCACAACAAGUUCUGGGUGCCCUGGGUGUGGUUUGCUAACCUGUCGGUGAAGGCCUGGAGAGGAGGGCGCAUCCGGGACUCGAUCCUGCUGCAGAGCUUGCUCAGUGAAAUAAACAUUCUGCGAUCUCACUGUGGACAACUCUAUGCCUAUGAUUGGAUUAGUGUCCCCUUGGUCUACACGCAGGUGGUCACAGUGGCUGUCUAUAGCUUCUUUGUGGCUUGUCUGAUUGGGCGGCAAUUUCUGGACCCAGCCAAAGCCUACCCUGGCCACGAGCUGGACCUGUUUGUACCCGUCUUCACAUUUCUACAGUUCUUCUUCUAUGCUGGCUGGCUGAAGGUCGCCGAGCAGCUCAUCAACCCGUUUGGAGAGGAUGACGAUGACUUUGAGACCAACUGGAUUGUGGAUCGGAGCCUUCAGGUGUCCCUGUUGGCUGUGGAUGAGAUGCAUCAGAACCUGCCCCCACUGGAACGGGACAUGUACUGGAACGACCGGGACCCGCAACCCCCCUACACAGCUGCUUCUGCCCAGACCCGACGACCCUCCUUCUUUGGCUCGGCCUUUGACAUCAGUGUGAGUAAAGAUGAUAUGAAGUUUCAGCCAGCACACAAGGGCCAGGAUGAGGAGGGGAUCGGGCCCACUGGCAUCAUCGGCCGCUUCCUGGGGCUACAGUCCCACGAGCACCCCAACAGGACAAACUCCAAGACACGACUGCUAGCACACAGGAAGGAGUGUGUUCCUCACAAGAUGGGUCUCGCUAAGCACCCAUUCAAGGAGCCCAAGGGGAGUCUGAUGUUCCCAGGAGGCCAGCAGGUCCCCGGAGACCUGGACGACAGCAAGGCUUGGAAGCUCAGGUCCAGCCCGCUGUACGAAAGGCCAGGCUACCACAGCGCACCUGAGACACCUCUCAGCCACACCCCCAUAGUUUUCCCGCCGGAAAUGUCAGCGCCCUCCAGGCUGGGCAGCCUUACAGACCUGGACAGCACCGUCUUAGGCCACAGCUUGAACCCUCUGACUUUUGGGACCAGUGGUUCUGAAUUGCUCCCGGAGAGGGCCACAGCCAAGGAGUAUCAGGAGGAGGGUGGUGGGAGGAGGAAGAUCGUGGAGUUUAACCUGCCAGACGUGUCAGAGGACCCCUAUCACCUCAGCCACCCCCCUGCCAGCCUCAGAGAGCCCUACUGGGACUUGGAGAACAGGUCCGUCCCAGAGUCGCUGCACUCCCUGGUGGCCCUGCCUCCCCAGCGUUCUUUGCUUCUGUCACUGUCAGAGUAG